UUGAAUGAAAAUUCAACCAUUUGACGGACUGCCAAACCCUUGCGCAAUCCACCGCCCUCUUUCGUACUCUUUCCUUCAAAUUACGAUCGAAGAUUGCGAAAUUGCGCCUCGAUUGGUGAACACAAGUUCUGGAAUUCCGUGAAUUGAUCGUCGUAUUAGCAUGUUAAGGCUGUGGAAAUGGUACCAGAAUUGUUUGGCAACCCAUCCGGUUAAAACCCAGGUGAUUAGCUCAGGCUUCAUUUGGGGAUUUGGCGACAUUGCUGCUCAAGCCGUCACUCACUACACCCCCAAACCGCACACGCAUCAAUCUCAUUUAUCAUCUACUAUGCAGGAAAGAGAUGAAGAGCUAAAAAUCAAUUGGAAACGGGUUGCAACCACGACCAUGUUUGGACUUGGAUUUGUUGGCCCAAUUGGUCAUUUCUGGUACGAAGGGCUGGACCGCUUUGCUCGGGUGAGGCUAAAGCUUCAACCGCAUUCCUUCCGUUUUGUCGCCACAAAAGUUGCAGCUGAUGGCAUAAUUUUCGGGCCCGUGGAUCUUCUCGUUUUCUUCUCUUACAUGGGGUUCUCUUCGGGUAAAACAGCUGCACAAGUGAAAGAAGAUGUAAAGAGGGAUUUUCUGCCGGCUUUAAUUCUGGAAGGCGGCGUGUGGCCCGCUGUCCAAGUGGCAAACUUCCGAUACAUCCCGGUUCGCUACCAACUACUUUACGUCAACUUCUUCUGCUUAUUGGAUAGCUGCUUUCUUUCGUGGCUCGAGCAGCAGCAAGAUGCGCCGUGGAAGCAGUGGUUCAAAUCAUUACUGCCUAUGAAGGAAGAAGAACAAGGCAGGUGAUUGAUUUGAUUUUCUUCGAUUUCUUACAUUUACAGUUCCGAUUUGCGCAGCAGCGAUCCAGUCUAGUCAUAAGAACGCCGUGCAAUCCUGGCUUCUUGUGUAUAUGAAAAGAAUGCUUUUCGAGUUAUCCAUAUUAAGAAGGUGGCUGGCUGGCUGGCUGUUGACAUUCGAUUUUCUUGGUGAUAUCUUUUUAGAUCAUCUCCAAGAUAUGCGGUGGCUAAGCUAAGGCAAGUUCUUGAAAUCCUUCCUCCUUUUUUUUCUUUUUUGUUUUUUUUUAAAAAAUUAUUGGAUGCUCUGCUCUGCUCUGCUCUGUCUUUGAAUUCAAAAUUGAUCUUUUUGCUUGCUCUUAUUUUGUGUUUGAACUUUUGCCCUGAUUUUCUGAAAAUCUAUUUUUACGGCCAAGUCUAGAAUUUUCUCAUAAUCAUUGUAAAAUCUAAUUUGAGUUUUAACUUAA